CCCAGGCUGCAGGGAUUCAUCAUCAGGUUACACACAGCAAGCGCAGCUAGAUGGCUGGCCGAAGCCGGACGGUGUGAGUUGGGGAACGUCGCUGCUAACGCUCUCUACUCGUCCCCCUGGCUCUUCACCUCUCCCAUCACAACCAGAAUGGAGGCAGAACUGAAGGAGAUUGAUUCGCGCGGCGAAUGGCAAAACAUUUAUAACGAUAUCCGUAACAUGGCCGCUGAGCACUCGUACAGCACAGCAAAGCUUCCCGUGAACAAGAACCUGAACCGCUACAGAGACGUCAGCCCGUACGAUCACAGUCGGGUCAGACUUCACAACUUUGAGCAUGACUACAUCAACGCGAGCUUGGUGGAGGUGGAGGAAGCGGAGAGAGCUUACAUCCUCACUCAGGGCCCUUUGAGGAACACGUGCAGUCACUUCUGGCUGAUGGUUUGGGAGCAAAAUUCCAAAGCGGUUAUAAUGCUCAACCGAGUGAUCGAGAAAGGAUCUGAGAAGUGUGCUCAGUACUGGCCCCGUUCCAAGGAGCUGCCCCUGUCCUCAGACACAGGCUUUGUCGUGAGACUGCUGUCCGAGGUGGACAAGUUAUAUUAUACAAUCAGAGUGUUGGAAACUACAGAACACCAGACGACAGAAACGAGAGCCAUCUACCACUUUCACUACACCACGUGGCCUGAUUUUGGGGUGCCAGAAUCUCCCGCCUGUUUCCUCAACUUCCUCUUCAAAGUUCGGGAGUCUGGCUCUCUGGGCUCGAAACGGGAGCCCUCGGUGGUGCACUGCAGCGCUGGGAUCGGACGCUCGGGGACGCUCGCCUUGGUGGACACGUGCCUUGUUCUGAUGGAAAGGAGGAGGAAGAUGUCGUUAUCGGACAUGGAGAACGUUCUACUGGACAUGCGGUAUUAUCGCAUGGGCCUGAUCCAGACCCCCGACCAGCUGCGCUUCUCUUUCAUGGCUAUCAACGAGGGAGCCAAGGUCAUUCUGUCAGACAACUCCACAACACAGAAAGACAGCCGACCCAACGGGCCAUGCCUGGAGCCACAGACCAAGGCGGUAGAGUCAGACAACCAGGACCACCUCAUGGCUCACAACUCUGUGCCGGUGCGGAAGAGACAACGUGAGAUGAGGAAUACCAACACUGCCAAGACUGUCCAGGAAAUAAAACAAAAAAUGAGUGACUCGGAGAUGAAGAGGGAGCAGUGGCAGUACUGGAGGCCUAUCCUGCUGAACGUCGGUGCCGGGGCGGCCUUGGCUGUGGGCCUGUUGUGCUGGAUGUACACUCACUGAAAUACUCUGGGUUCCUAAAAACUGACUCCACUUUUGCACCGGUACCUGGGACUAGGUACUUCCCUUAGUAGAUGUAGAAGGUUCUAUGUGCAUAAUUGAGGAUAUUUAUUUCUUUAGGUCAAAAUGCCCGAGCGCUAGAUCAAAUGAGUGUUUGUAUAUUUUUCUCGUAAGAUCUUAAAAAUGGUAACAUCUCAGGAUCCUGGUGCCAGCACGACGAUUCCCCCUCUUGCCACUGUUGAUGAAUGUACUGUCUCAUCUCGAUGGCUUUGAAAGACGAGAGUAGAGGUGCAGUGCAAACAAAACGAUUCCUGACCGGUUUAUUUUUGCAUUCUUUGUACUGGUUAAAUGUGAGUUUAUAAUUUGUGGAUGUUUUACAUUUCAGAAUUUCUCUGAUUGUCCAUCCUACCAUUAAACAUGUAGGAAAACUACAGAGCCAAGAGGUCAACCAUGGGAUUUUUUUUAAGUUGUUUUAUUAUAAAGCAUGUUUUAACUGGUUUUCCAGAUCAUCACCAGUUCUUCCAUUCAUCUUAAGCAGGGCAACCUAAUAUGGCCUGAUGUGUACAUGCAUAUAUAUUUUUGUGUGACUGGACACGUCGUAGAGGUGUCCUGUCUCCACUCAGAGGCUCACCAUUGUGUUAAAUUCUGUCUGACGCUGAAUCGUUUUUGUUGAUUGAAUCAUGCUGCGGUCCUUGCUGAUUAGCGCAUGUCGUUACCCACUGGAUGGGUCCAGUUUUGUUUUUGCAAAAACCAAAGUAACACUGUCUGUUUUAGGUAAGUAACGGCUGGAGAUGCUGUUGGAUGAUAAAGGCUUGUACUCCCAUCAUGUGGAAUGUAUUUUCUCUUGAAUAACUCACACCUGUGUUACUAAAUGAAACUACUAUUGGUACCUUUGA